AAUAGAUGGCCAUGUAUAUAAUAUAUAUGUUGUUGGAGUGCAUCUUUGUUCCUUCUAUCAUAUCCCUUUUCCCUUGAUCAUAUCCUUGCCUAUGCACAGGAAAAAAAAAAAAAAAACAAGCAAUAGAGAUAGAAGUAGAACUAUGGAGGAGACUAUUCCAGUGAUUGAUGUGGAGAAGAUUAAUUGUGAGGAAGGGGAAUGCAAGAAGCUAAGAGAGGCAUGUGAAAGAUGGGGUUGUUUCAGGAUCAUUAACCACUCUAUUCCUGCAACCCUCAUGGCUGACAUGAAAAAAGUCAUUGAAGCUUUGCUUGAUCUUCCUAUGGAGAUCAAGAAACGCAACACAGAAUUCAUUGCUGGCAGUGGUUACAUGGCACCAAGCAAAGUCAACCCUUUCUAUGAGGCCUUGGGCCUCUAUGACUUGGCUUCCUCACAAGCUAUGCACAAUUUCUGCUCUCAACUUGAUGCCUCACCUCACCAGAGGCAAAUAAUGGAGGCAUAUGGCCAAGCCAUUCACGGUUUGGCGGUGAAAAUAGGACAAAAGAUGGCUGAAUCUCUAGGCGUAGUAGUUGCUGAUUUUGAGGACUGGCCAUGCCAAUUCAGAAUUAACAAAUAUAACUUCACCCCAGAAGCGGUAGGGUCCUCUGGUGUUCAAAUACACACAGAUUCAGGCUUCCUAACCAUUCUUCAAGAUGAUGAAAAUGUUGGAGGUCUUCAAGUGAUGAACAAUUCUGGCUCUUUUGUGUCAAUCCCUCCUUUCCCAGGGACCCUCCUUGUCAAUCUUGGAGACAUUGCUCGUGUGUGGAGCAAUGGAAGGUUUUGCAAUUUGACACACCGUGUACAAUGCAAGGAAGCGACCAAACGGUUUUCAAUUGCUACAUUUAUGAUAGCACCCAGGAAUAGGAAUGUUGAAGCCCCAGCAGAAUUGGUGGACCAUGAUCACCCCCGUUUGUAUCAACCUUUUAUUUAUGAAGACUAUAGGAAGCUCAGAAUUAGCAACAAGAUGCACAAGGGUGAAGCCCUGGAGUUAUUACGCUUGGCCUAGUCAUAGCAACUAGGAUUUACUUAGUAAUUAGGAAAACUAAUGCCCCCACUUUUCAGAAAUUUAUGUCUUUGUUUGCCAAUUAAUGGGGGAAAUAAGUGACCAACUGCCAAAUAACUCAAAGGCACUUAUGAGGGGGGAAUGAGUAGGUAAACUUUUGAAUUGAAAUGAACUUAUAAAGAUAUUCCCAUUAAAUAAAGUGGAAAACAAAAAUCCUAAUUUCAUGAUCAUA